AUGCCUCCCAAAUUCGACCCCAAUGAGGUGAAGAUCGUCCACCUUCGGGUGACUGGUGGUGAAGUCGGUGCCCAGUCCGCCCUUGCCCCCAAGGUCGGUCCUCUGGGUCUGUCUCCCAAGAAGAUCGGUGAAGACAUUGCGAAGAGCACUGGCGACUGGAAAGGUCUCCGUGUCACCGUCAAGCUCACCAUCCAGAACCGUCAGGCUCAGGUCUCUGUUGUGCCUUCAGCCUCGUCUCUGGUCAUCAAGGCUCUGAAGGAGCCUCCUCGUGACCGCAAGAAGGAGAAGAACAUCAAGCACAACAAGUCCAUCCCUCUCGAAGAUAUCAUUGAUAUUGCUCGCCAGAUGCGCACCAGGAGCUUGGCCAAGGAGCUCAAGGGAACCGUCCUUGAGAUCCUGGGUACUGCUUUCUCGGUUGGCUGCCAGGUUGAUGGCCGCAGCCCCAAGGAUGUCAGCGACGACAUCAAGGCUGGAGAGAUUGACGUCCCCUCGGAGUAA